UGGUCGAACCAGCGAGUUUGCUCGGGCCAGUUUGUCAGUCAUUGGACGGCGGCCAGACGGAACUAAACCCAAAACAAACCCGAGUCGAUCGGCGGACAGACGGAUAGAGAUUCUGGCGAUGGGCAGCGAUAAGGACACUGAUAUACUGCGGCCACUUAGCGAUGGCGAGGUGGACGAGCUGCUCGACCUCUAUAAGGCCCAGUUCGGGGUGAGGAACUUCCACUACCUGCUGCUGUACAACCAGCGGAAGUGGGAUCGCCAGCUGGACGAGGCCGGGAUACCGCGCGACGAUCCCAACUACAUUUCCCUGCGGAAACAGUUCUUCACCCACCGCAGGGGCGACUUCCGCCAGUGGGGCACCUACGUGAGUCUGCAUCGGGACAUCGUCCAGAGCGUCUCCUUCUUCAGCUGGCAGCCGGACGGCGCCCCGGAGAUGUGGGAGUGCCUGGAGGCCACCGAGCUGAUCGAGUGGACCCAGGGCGCCCUGCUCACCAACGUGGACCUGGGCUUCUGCGAGCGGAUCAAGCAGCUGGUCGCCAGCCGCGGAGUCGCCUCCAUUCAGCCGCGCCAGUGCUUCGGAAUGGUUCUGCCCCACGAGGCAGCCCUCGGUGCCGAGGUUCCCGAGCUGUCCGAGUUCGAGAUCCGGCGGCUGAGGGACGAGGACGCGGCCGUGGUCCACGAGACCUGGCCCAACAAGGGCGAGGGCUCUCUCACCUAUCUCCGGGCUCUGGUCCGCUUCAACAAAUCCCUGGGUGUCUGCCGGAGCGACACUGGCGAGCUGCUCGCCUGGAUCUUCCAGAACGACUUUUCCGGGCUGGGGAUGCUUAAAGUGCUGCCCAAGGCGGAGCGACGUGGACUGGGUGGCCUCCUGGCCGCCGCGAUGACACGGAGGAUCGCCCAGAGCGAGGAGGUCACACUCAGCGCCUGGAUCGUGGCCACCAACUUUCGGUCGGAGGCGCUCCUGAAGCGGAUCGGCUACCAGAAGGAGCUGGUCAACGAGUGGAUCAAGCUGCUGCCCAAUCCCUCUUAGCAGUUGGUGUCCCUGCUCGACAUUCCGGUUGAUAGUUGCACAUACCACGUAGCACAAGUGGGUUAGGUCAAUGAGAACACACGACGAUUUGCAUUUGCUAUGCCUAUGUACAUGGUCAACAAUUUUAUUUUGGCAUUUGACAUGCGCUCACGCUUUCUGAAUACACUUUACGGCUUAAUCAAAUUCAAAAACA